AUGGCGCUCUGUGUUUCGAUUUUCGAUUUGGAUGGUUGCCUUGUGCGGUAUACUAAUGGGCCGCUGCAUGCUUUUGCUGUCAACAACGGCAUUUUCGUGGCGGAGAUGGUGGGUCGGGAUUUGGGUUAUUUGUGGGGAUUGUUUUUUGCUCACACUGGAAAAGCAAUAGAUCUCCCAGGCCCAACACCAAGCAAAGCUCAUUUGCUGUCGUUCUUCUUCGGUCCUCGUCUUCCCUUUUUGAACCCUAGUCCCUAUAUUCUCUCAGGCAGCUUCCAGCCGCCGCUCAUACCUUUUCCGGCGAUUCCGACCGGCGACGAAGAGCUCUUCUUUUUGGCACUCCCCCGAAAUUAA